GUCCUGUGUUUUGCUGGUUUCAGUUGCCUAUGCUGGAGCUAUCAAGAGCAGCUUCAUGGAUACAGGAUCCCCUGGAUUACCGUCUCCUCAAGUGAUCGGAGGGCUGCAGCUCCCUCUCAGUGAGAAUGAACAGAAAUAUUAUUCAGAGCUUUUCUGCUUGUGUCAAGUGGAAGGAUCUCCAACACUGGCAGCUGGCAGUAGCAAAGUGGGGGAGCUCUUCAAGGCAGCGCAGCUACCUGCAGACAUUAUACACCAGAUCACAGAACUGUGUGGUGCAAAACAUGUGGGUUUCUUUGGCCCGACUCAGUUUUUUAUUUCUCUAAAAUUAAUUGCUGCAGCACAAUCUGGCCUCCCUGUGCGACUCGAGAGCAUUCAGAGCGAAUUACCCCUUCCUCGGUUCUUUUCUAUGAAAAGCGAUGAGGUAAAAUAUGGAAUUCAACCAGAGAACAUAGAAGUACCUGGAGCAAAGCAUGGCACAAAAGAGAAAGGUCCUACAAAGUGUAUUGAAGGAGAAAAACAGCCGAUUCGUCUUUAUUAUUCCCUCUCUGCAGCAGCAGCAGCAGCAUACGAGACUAGACAAUCUGCACUACUUCAGCAGGAUGGACAGUUGUCGCUGAACUAUGGAAACCAACCUGCACCUCUGCAGUCUUCACUUAGCCGGUCAUUCUCUGUUGAAAAAGAAGUCCAGGACAGUUCAAGUAAUUACACAGAUGACCCCUGGAGGAUAACAGAGGAACAGCGGGAGUAUUACACUAACCAGUUCAAAACCCUACAGCCCAAUCUGAAAUCCUUCAUCUCCGGUUCAAUUGCAAGGGACUUUUUUACCAAAUCCAAACUUCCCAUUUCUGAGCUUUCACAUAUUUGGGAUCUUAGUGAUGUGGACUGUGAUGGUGCACUGAUCCUCUCUGAAUUUUGUGCUGCCUUUCACCUCAUUGUUGCUAGAAAAAAUGGCUUUGAGCUGCCAGAAACACUACCUCACCCUCUGUUGUCUGAAAUCCUUUCAUCAGUGUCUUUAAAGCCCACUACGGAUGGUGUAUAUGAACCUUACUGUGGUGCAGGCACAGUUUGCCAGAACUGGAAAGAGCUAGAAACUGUCUGCGAGGAUCCUGCCAACUCCGAGCCUCUGAUUCUCUUUGAUGUGGAAACCAGCAAUGCUGAACUACAGGCAUCGGCUGCAACUCCGGACCUUAAUGCACUGACACGAGACUCGGCCAACAAUGACUUACAAGCGUCAAAGGUAAAUCCAGCAUUACAAAUUGUGCAAGUGGACCAAAAGGGUUUCCAGACUUUUAAGACUACUGUUCAUCAGGAUUUUUGCACCCCUAAAACAAGACCAAGAUCAAGGUCAUAUUCAAGCACAUCAAUAGAAGCAACUAUGAAGAAAGUAGAAGAUCCUCCAACUCCACCACCGAGGCCACAGAAAACCCACUCAAGAGCUUCUUCCUUGGAUUUGAAUAGAAUUAUCCAGCACAGUUCUCCAGCUGCACGGGCUGGUUGGAUUCAAGCACCACCACCUGCUCUGCCACCAAGGCCUUGUGUGACCCAGGGUGAGCGGGGUACAGACAAUGAAUUGCAUGUACAGACAAAUAAACCCAUGCCGCAGACGGAGGAAAGCAGUAGCCCGGCCAAAAAGGAAAUCCUGCUUAACCAGCCACCCGCCAAACCCCUACGACGAAAAUUCCAUCCGGAAAGUCAAGUAAUAGAAAACCACGACCUGUCAUCUGCAUCGAGUGUGAUCUCAUCAUCCGCUUCUUCCGUGAAGUCUCACCCCAUGGUUCAAAAGCACCCUUCCAAGCAGAAGAAAGCAAUCCAGACAGCCAUCCGGAAAAACAAAGAGGCAAAUGCUGUUCUUGCCAGGUUGAAUAGUGAACUUCAGCAACAACUGAAGGAAGUUCAUCAGGAAAGGAUAGCCUUGGAAAACCAGCUGGAACAGCUUCGCCCUGUCACUGUGUUAUGACCUCCAGUCCUUUCAAGGAAGAAGCAAUACACCUCGCCUAGGCAAAAAUAACAGUGUGCUCAUUUCACCGGAUAAUCUCAUUAUUAUGAAGUAGAAGGCAGCCUGGUUUGGACGGAGACAAUGCGUUUCUUCUGUUCCUUGUUUCAUAAAAUCAAAAAAUGAAUAUGUGUGUAUAUAUACAUUCAUUUUAUGAAAAAAAGAAACACAGUAUAUUUGUAAAAGUUAUUGUUUUCAGUAACUCGUCGCUGCCAUCCAGGACUGAAACCUUCUUUACAACAUUCAUCAUUAAGGGCUACAAAUCUCAAUUCAUUCUACCUGCUUUCAUUUCUUUAUGGGAUCAAACCAAUCGGACUCUGUCUUACAUAGUUGUAUGGAUAUAAAUAUUUGUAUUCAAUGGAGUAUACUCACAGCCCAUGUUCAUCUGGUGGUGUGUGAUAGAGAGUGAAGCAGCACUUUAUCUUAAUGGAGAUUAAUACAAAAAAGGCUAAUGGCAACAUUUUGUCAAACCAAA